AUGAAACAGAUUCCGAUGAAAGUGCAGACCAUUGCAUUUGUGGGUCUGCUAUUGGGAAUUAUCACACUGACGUCUGCACAGAGAUGUCCGAGACCGUGCUUUUGCAUGUCAACGAGUUCCACCGUCAGGUGUGAGUAUAAACGCCUUACUGAUAUUCCGUUAGGUUUCCCUAAUGACACCAAAAGAAUGUUCUUCAGAGGGAACUCCAUAACAACGCUGAGGGCAAACAGAUUCGAUUAUUUGACCGAAUUAGAGUAUCUGGAUUUGGACGAUUGUAAAAUCAUAGUUAUCGAGGUAGGAGCGUUUGAUGGACUUACUUCUUUAAAGACCCUUAAGUUGGACAAUAACUUGAUGGUAUCUCUCCCACCUAGUGUGUUCCGAAACUUGAAUCUUAAAAGAUUGUCGCUACGUGUUAAUGAUGAACUUAUCGAGCUCAGUUCGAAUGCAUUCAACAUUUUCACUUCCGAAUUACUCGACCUUUCAUAUUCGGAUAAACUCGCGAACAUAAAGUCUGACUCGUUCACUGGAGCGAAUAUCAAAAGUAUAAUAAUCAUAGAUUCAGACAUAACUGCAGUUGGCUCCAAAGCGUUCAGUCCACUUGGGUCCUCAUUAGCGAGUUUGAGCAUUUCCCGGAACAGACGUCCUCUAGUCUUACCGGACGAUCCUUUCGAUGGAUUAAACUUGCACUCACUCGCAUUGUGGCAAGAUGGAUUGACAAGGUUGAACUUCCUUUGGGGCCUGCGGACAAAAACCUUGGCAUUGAAUUCGAACAAUUUCGACAGCGUCGACUUAAGCCCAUACGUUCUGCUGAAAGAGACCCUAACACGCAUCAGUCUCAAUGAUUGUGGAAUUGACUACCUCACAAGGAGAUCCUUCGAUAAUCUUGAGCGUGUUACGAAUCUAGAACUGUCGAGAAACAACCUAACGAUCCUCGAUGGCGCCUUUUUUGAAGAUCUCAAGAACCUCAGUCAAAUAUUCUUAUCGUAUAAUCAAAUCCACACCAUCACGGAUGACUUUGGUGACUAUCUUCCAAAUCUAGCUUAUUUGGGAUUGCGAUACAAUUCCAUUUCACGAGUCAAUGGAGCCAUGUUUGCAAAGAUGCGACGUCUGAUACAAUUAAACUUGUCUUUUAACAAGAUACAAUUCAUUCCCAAAGAUAUGAAACCUAUCCUAGAUAAGCUUGUGAGAAACAAAGAUUUCGAGGGCAAUCCCUUCCAUUGCAAUUGUGAGAUGCUUUGGUUCUGGGAGUGGGCCAAGGUGAACAGCAGCAAGUUUAGAACCAUGCGUUGUGCAACGCCUUUACACCCUCCUAAGAGCUUCUACCUGAUGCGAGAAGAAGACUUUAUUUGCAUACCUGCUACCUUAUGUGGUUCGCCUAAUAUAACGUUAUCACUAGGAGGUUCUGGAAAUGUAAGUUGCUCGACCAGUGGAGAUCCUGCCCCUAAACUAACCAUAUCUAACAACGAAGGAAGAAUUGUUGGCCAGAGUGACUUCCCAGCCAACAAAACAACAUUGGAGAAUGAAGUUAUCUUCGAAAUCGAUACAGUUACUCCAGGGUUCGUUGGUUCAUACAUAUGCAAUGCUACCCAUCCUUUAGGAGACCUUACUAUGGAUACUUGCUUACGAGUCAUGACACCAGUCGGGACGCCAGAACCUCCUUUCCGUUCAAAUGAUAUUUGUAUAUCAUCUACAACUAAUUCAACGACAACUACAACAACUAUCGCUCCGACAAUUGAAGCAAAAACAACACGUUCCGAAGAGUUACCUACAGAGGCUGAUUCGACUUAUUCGACCGGACUGACCACAUCAGAAUGUCCAGAGAGCAACUGGACUGAAAAUGAAAAAACCACGACGUCAAGCACACCGGGAAACAACCUCCCAUUACAAGAUGGCAUCACAAUGACCCGGUUCACAACAUCUAUGAUUGCAGGUAUACUCUGCACAUUUGUGGGGACAUUGUUGUUAGUUGCAGUGUUGUUAUAUCUCUAUAGACGGAAAGGAUCCAAGAGACAACACAAAGACAUUACAGCAAGUGAUGUGACCGGUGCAGGGUAUGCCAACGAUGGUUAUUACGAGAGUAAAAAUUUGUAA